AUGAUUUACCAGGAUCAAGAAGCUAUAGCAGCUGCAAAUUUUGAUACUCAAGAGAAAAUGUACCAUAAGUUUCUCAGACAGAGGAACAAAAUUACUUGGCUGCAAAAAGGAGAUUCCAAUACCUCUUAUUUUCAUGCUUGUCUGAAGAAGAGAAAAAUGGAAAACAGAAUAACAACAUUCAUUAUAGACCAAGGUAUGAUUAAUGAUAAUUUUUCUGAAGUUGUGGAGCAUUUUCUCAAUCAUUUCCGCAGCUAUAUGGGUAGCAAUAGUUCAGUCAAUACCAGGUUAAACAUGAGUUGUAUUGAGCAGGGAUCUAAGCUAUCUUUAGAUCAGCAACAUGGUUUGAUGAAACCAUUCUCUUAUAAGGAAAUAAAAAGAGCAAUUUUUAGUAUUCCUGAUACAAUGUCUCCAGAACCCGAUGGAUUUCGAUAUGGUUUUUUUAAGAGAAUGUAG